AUGGCUACAACAACCUCGUCUUUUGUCUUUCUGAAAUCUCACACCUCACCCUUCUGUCACACCAGAACGUUGUUCACGCAUAUUGAUGGGUUGGGAUGUGGAAUUGGAACCCGCAGAAGUUACAAAGUCAUCAAGGCCCAAUCUCAGUCUGAUGUCCGACAGGAACAAGUUGUGAUCGUGGGUGCUGGGAUCGCAGGGCUUGCAACUGCUCUCUCCCUUCACAGGCUUGGAGUUCGGUCCCUGGUGCUGGAGCAGGCAGGGUCGCUUCGAACCGGUGGAACCUCACUCACCCUUUUCAAAAACGGAUGGAGGGUACUCGAUGCAAUUGGAGUAGCCAAUGAUCUCAGAACUCAGUUCUUAGAAAUUCAAGGGAUGGUGGUGAAGUCCGUGGAUGGGAGGGAACUACGCGCCUUCAAUUUCAAGCAAGAGGAUGAAAGUCAAGAGGUACGUGCGGUGGAGAGGAGAGUGCUUUUGGAAACCUUGGCUAGUCAGCUACCACAGGAUAGCAUUCAAUAUUCUUCGCAAUUGGCAAGAAUUGAAGCCACUGAAAACGGGGAUACCUUGUUGGAACUUGUGGAUGGAUCUAAGCUGCUUGCAAAGAUUGUGAUAGGGUGCGAUGGAAUUCGUUCACCAAUAGCUAAGUGGAUGGGGUUUCCUGAGCCCAAGUACGUUGGUCACUGUGCUUUCCGUGGACUUGCGUCUUAUUCAGAUGGACAACCUUUUGGACCAAGAGUGAAUUAUAUCUACGGAAGAGGGUUGCGCGCUGGGUUCGUUCCUGUUUCUCCGACCAAAGUUUACUGGUUCAUCUGCUUCAAUAGUCCUUCUCCAGGUCCAAAAAUAACUGACUCAAUGGUGAUGAAGAACCAAGCUAAGGAAUUGGUGAAGGAUUGGCCUUCAGAGUUAUUGAACAUAGUGGAUUCUACUCCAGAUGAUACUGUGCUUAAGACUCCAUUGGAAGAUAGGUGGCUUUGGCCAGCCAUAAGUCCAGGUGCUUCCGCAGGAAGAGUUGUGGUGGUUGGGGAUGCAUGGCAUCCAAUGACCCCAAAUCUUGGGCAAGGAGCUUGUUGUGCACUGGAGGAUUCAGUGGUUCUAGCUAAAAAGCUUGCCAGAGCUAUCAAGUCUGAAGACAACCCAUCUGUGGAAGAAGCUUUCAGGUCAUAUGGCACUGAAAGAUGGCCCCGUGUAUUUCCACUAACCAUACGUGCAAACCUUGUGGGCUCCGUUUUGCAGUGGGAGAACCCAGUGGCGUGUUCUGUUAGGAACAACAUUGUCAUACCUAAGCUAGUCAAACUCGGGCCAUUACUGGAGCAUACAAAUUUUACUUGUGAGAGUCUAUAA